AUGAAAAAUUCAGCAACUAAGAUAAUAAUCGGUCUUCAAAAUGCACGAUGUUCAACUGGAACUGUUCCUAUUAAAAGAACAACUAAGGAUGACUUAAUACGAGGAAAAUCAUAUUUUAAUAAUGGCUUGGUUGAACAUCUUCAUGGUAAUCAUUAUGCAGGAGUCAUAGCAGCAAAAAGAUGUUAUAAGUCUUUUUAUGGAGUUAGUGGUACAAAUAAUGUCUAUAACUUUAAGGUAAACAAUGAUCAAUCAAGUUCGUCUGUGAUGUUUGUUCGAAAUGGACCUGAUAGCACAAACUAUAUCGGUAUUGGAUGGCAUGUGGCUCCGCAAUUAUACAAUGAUGAUGAAACUCAUUUUAUGCCAUAUGGACGCAAAGUUAACUAUCUUGGUGGACGAUUUCCAAAUACAUCUAUCCAUGGUGGUCCGUAUAUUGAAAUCGCAAUAUCUAUUACUCAUGAUCCAAAAACAAAAAAUUGGUGGCUAACUAAUGAAAAUAAAAUGAUAGGAUAUUUUCCAGCAUCUUUCUUCUUUAACUUGACAUCCACGGGUCAAGUAGGAUGGGGUGGUGGAACAUCAACUUCUCAGGAUACCCCUAGUCCUCCAACGGGUUCUGGAUUGUUUCCCGAUAACAAUUUUAAUCAUGCAUGUUAUUUUAAAGAUAUUUCAUUUCAGAAUGGUUCCACGAAGAGUUAUGGAUCCGAAGAGUAUUCAACACAAUCAUUCUCGGAUAAACCUAAUUGUUAUUUUGCUAAAUAUUAUGGUAAAGAUCGAGAGGUUGGAUUUUCUCUCCAAUUUGGAGGGCCGGGGUAA